AUACUGAAGAGACGCCGUGUUGUUUUCCUUUUUUUCCUCUCCCCAUUUCCUCACUUCCCUUCCUGGGAGGUUGUGAAAGGGCAGAGCAGAGAGGGAGACGUAAAGACAAGAGAGGCAAACUGAGGAGCGUGAGUGACUCUGUGUGUAACAUGCUCUGUCAUGCUGGCGUGACUGCUGCUGCCUCCUCAACCGGCGUCGUUGACUGUCAGGAAAAGGAAUGUUUUCCGGAGUAAUGAGUCCCUGAACCGGUCCACCAUGUGGAUGUGGGACAGUAAUUUCCAAACCUUCGCCGGAAGAAUCCCACGGAAAAAAGAGCAGCGGCCGGAGAGCUUAGCUGGUCCUGCUGGGUGGCCGCCUGUGUGCCUGCGCUGCUGAGACUCUCUCACUUAAAAGACAAGGGCUCACGCUUAUUGGGAUUUUUAUUUCUCUUCUGGAACUCAAUGGAUUCUUAUGGUGCUAUAAAGUUAGAUUUUUAAGAUUUCCUUGUUGGAUAUAAGCCGCCGUUUUUUCGCAGUGAUGCUCUAAGGAACUAACCGGUGAGGUCGGAAGUUCAGAGGGGGCUCUUCAUUUGGAGAUUUUUCUUAAUGGGUGCAUCACAGCAGUGGACUGUAGUAUGGGACACUACACAUUGUACUGGGGCCUGCAGAUACACGUACUGUGGGUCAGUGUCUGUAGAUAGAUAGCCAGAUACAUAGCGGGUGAAAGGUUAACAGGUAGGGGGAUCCGUCCCGACACAGCUUCGGAAUGAAGCCUGGACACUGUCCAGCCAUUGCCAGUGACAGGUCCAUGAUGCACCUCAGCCACUUUCCUUUCAGAAGGCACUCCUGGAUAUGUUUCGAUGUGGACAAUGGCACGUCAUCGGGUCGCAGCCCCCUGGACCCAAUGGCCAGCCCGGGCUCAGGCCUCAUCCUGCAGGCCAAUUUUGUCCACAGCCAACGGAGAGAGUCGUUCCUCUACCGAUCUGACAGUGACUACGACCUCUCCCCCAAGUCUAUGUCCCGAAACUCCUCCAUUGCCAGUGACAUCCAUGGUGACGAUAUGAUUGUAACGCCAUUUGCACAGGUCCUUGCCAGUUUGCGAACUGUACGGAACAACUUUGGUGCAUUAACGAAUAUACAGCAAGACAGAGCGUCCAAUAAGAGAUCACCCAUGUGUAACCAACCACCUAUCACCAAGACCACCUUCACAGAGGAGGCCUACCAGAAACUGGCUACUGAGACCCUGGAGGAGCUGGACUGGUGCCUGGACCAGCUGGAGACACUGCAGACAAGACACUCAGUCAGUGAGAUGGCCUCCAACAAGUUCAAGAGGAUGUUGAACAGGGAGCUGACUCACCUAUCGGAGAUGAGCCGCUCUGGGAACCAGGUGUCCGAGUUCAUCUCCAGCACCUUCUUGGACAAACAACAUGAAGUGGAGAUGCCAUCCCCUCAGAUGCAGAAGGAGAAGGAGGAGAAGAAGAACAAGCCCAUGUCUCAGAUCAGUGGGGUGAAAAAGCUGCAACACUCCUCCAGCCUCACAAACUCCAACAUCGCCCGCUUUGGAGUGAAGACUGAGACAGAGGAUGAACUCGCUAAGGAGCUGGAGCAUGUGAAUAAAUGGGGCCUUAAUGUUUUUAAAAUCUCAGAGUUCUCUGGGAAUCGGCCACUAACAGUCAUGAUGUACACAAUAUUCCAGGAGAGGGACUUGUUAAAAACUUUUAAAAUUCCACUUGACACCUUUGUAACAUACCUGAUGACCUUAGAAGACCAUUAUCAUGGCGAUGUGGCCUACCAUAACAACAUUCAUGCUGCUGAUGUCACCCAGUCAACUCAUGUGCUGCUAUCCACCCCCGCCCUUGAGGCUGUGUUCACAGACCUCGAGAUCUUAGCUGCCAUCUUUGCCAGCGCAAUUCACGACGUGGACCAUCCUGGAGUCUCCAACCAGUUCCUCAUCAACACCAAUUCUGAGCUAGCGUUGAUGUACAAUGACUCGUCGGUGUUGGAGAACCACCACCUAGCAGUUGGUUUCAAGCUCCUACAAGAGGAGAACUGUGACAUCUUCCAAAACUUGACCAAAAAACAAAGACAAUCACUGCGAAAGAUGGUCAUUGACAUUGUGCUGGCAACAGACAUGUCGAAGCACAUGAAUCUACUGGCUGAUCUGAAAACCAUGGUGGAAACCAAGAAGGUGACCAGCUCUGGUGUCUUGCUGCUGGAUAACUACUCUGACAGGAUACAGGUUCUCCAGAACAUGGUGCACUGUGCGGACCUGAGCAACCCCACGAAGCCUCUCCAGCUGUACCGGCAGUGGACGGACCGCAUCAUGGAGGAGUUCUUCAGCCAGGGUGACCGAGAGAGGGAGAGAGGCAUGGAGAUCAGCCCCAUGUGUGACAAACACAAUGCUUCAGUAGAAAAGAGCCAGGUUGGUUUUAUAGACUACAUCGUUCACCCUUUGUGGGAGACGUGGGCUGACCUGGUCCAUCCUGAUGCCCAGGACAUCCUGGACACGUUGGAGGACAACAGGGAGUGGUACCAAAGCACCAUCCCCCAAAGUCCCUCUCCCACGCAUGACGAGCCUGAGGAUGGCACGCGUCCCCCAGGAGGGGACAAGUUCCAGUUUGAGCUCACCCUGGAGGAGGACGGGGAGUCGGACACUGAGAAAGACAGUGGCAGCCAGCCAGAAGAGGAGGAAGAUGAGGAGGAGGAGGAGGAGGAGGAUGAGGAGGAGGAGGAGGAUGAGGAUGAGGAGGACAACAGCUGUACUGACUCCAAAACACUCUGCACGCAGGACUCUGAAUCCACGGAGAUUCCCUUGGACGAACAGGUUGGGGAGGACGAAGAAGAGGAGGUAGCAGAGGAGGAGGAGACACCCUGCUCACAACCACGUGUGGUGGAGGAAGAGGUAGCAGAGGCGGAGGACAAGGAGGAUAGAGAGAAAUCCCCGGAAACAUAGCAGUUUAUGGACAGCACCUGAUUAACUGUUCUUCUUAGUAACUACAGAUGAUUAUUUAUAGAAUAUUUUUGGGUUUUGUGGAGUCUGUGUUUUUUAUACAUCUAUGUUUAUGGUUCCAAAGCGUUCGCUGCUCUUCACCUUGGCCACUCCUCCUGUCAGCUUUGUUCAGACACGCCCACUGGUACUUCUUCAAGUUUUUUUGCACUCAGGAAAACUCCUCACCAUUCCCAUUUUUACUGAAGCGGUGUGUCUUUACUUCAAUUCUACACCGAACAGCUCACGGUCUGUUUCUCGUGGUAGAUAAUGUCACAUUUCCCUUCCCCCCGCUUCGUCUCAGCCUUGCCUGAAAGUUUAGCAGUGUUUUAUCAAGUGCCCAUACUCUACAGAGAUGGUUACUGGUGUGUCCGAGGAGAAUCUCCCUCCCCGGCAUUUCCUCCGCACCACAGAUUAGGAGGCAUGUUAUUCUGCCGUUCUGCCAAAAUCCUGACGGGAUGCCGCAGAGAUGAAAGCUGCAGCACACUGGGGAGCUUUUCAAGACACAUUUCUGACAUGGUAGUCUUCCUUGAAAACCUGACUGACACAAAGCUCAAAUCUAAACAGCCGCCGAUGCUGUCCUCGACCUCGUUCUUUUCUCUUUUUUUUUAUUGUACUGUAUGUAAGAGUCAAAUAUUUUCUAGAAUUUACUUUUGCAAUCCUAGGUUUUCUUUUGUUAGCGAAGAAGAAGAGGGGGUUUUUUUUGGAAACCAAUGGGGAGAAAUGAGUCAGGUGUUUUUGACGGGGUAUCUCUACAGCCGGGUUACAUUCGGAGUGUUCUGAGGUGUUUGCACUUGCCCCAACCGCAUUUAUACUACUUUUCCCAUACCACUAUACUCAUAUUUGGUUUGUCCUGUGAUUUGAAAUUUCGAAUUUAUUCAUAAUAACUAUUACUUUUUCGCUGAGUUUCACUGAGACGGAAGCAGAAACCUGACAUGUCAUGCUUUACUCUCAUUGGAAUUGUUAAUGAUGUGGAUGACGCCUUUUAAAAUGUUAUUAUUGUUGCCUGCGGUUCUUUUGAACGCAUUCUGAGACAAUGCAAUGCUUUGUAGUUGAUACAAAAAGCACCUUUUUUUAGUCGCUUGAUUAGUGCUCUGAGUAUAACGGUGUUAAUAAUUACUGAGUGAUUUCAUACCAAUGUAAUGAAAGCCUUUAUUUUCCUUUCUUUUAUUUUUCUUGCACAUUUUGUUUGAUGCACACAUCACCCACAGCCUCAUACCCGCUCGACUUCAGCCAGUUCAUUUUUCGUUAAUCUCUAUGAUUUAAUUUUCUUUCAACAACAGAAUGAUAUUUGAUUUUACAAAAUUAAACCCAAUGGCUGUCUUUGUUUUCAACAAGACAAUCGGCUUCAUUGUGUAGUCAUCAGAUAAGACUAUUCUCUGUGGAUACUCUAAUGCACUGAUAUAUUCAUAUGUCAUCACUUUAAUAUUUUUCUUUAAUAUGUUUCAACUCGCCAAAACACUCAGUCAUGCAUACUUGGGCUUGAACGAUGCUGUCUUAUACAUCUCGGCCAAGAGUCUCUUCCUUUUUUCAUUUUCUAUAAUUUUUCACUUUAUACCUGAUGCUAUUAUUUAUUUGUAUAUUUUUCUAUUUGUUGAAUUGUUUUUGCAAUAUAAAGGUGGUACAGUAAAUAUUUCGCUGUAGCAUAGACCACAGUACAGGCUUGCCAGUUACAGUACCCAAAUAUGUUUUUUUCUCUCUGUGUACAUAAAAUAUAGAAAAUCCACAAAAGGAAAAAAAAAAUCAAAAGGAAAAAAACACUUGAAAAUCUGCACAUUGCUUUUUUAAGAGUGCUUAUUUUAAUUAUGUGUCAUUUCAAAAUGUUUGUUUAAUCUUUCAUUCCUUUACUUCAUCCUCACCCAAUGCCCUUACCUGUAAUAAGAUUUUCUGGUUUUAUCGCUGUUUACAAACAUAUAUUUAUUGUGCUGUAUAUAAUAUAUAAUUAUUAAUGUUAUUACUAUCAUAAUGCCGUUUGUUGUAAAUGGUUGAUUCUUAUCAUCCCUUUUGGUGAUGGUGUGGCUGUAUUUGCGUACCUCUUGUUGAGAGAAUGUUUAUUACACAUGAGCUUCAGUGUAAAAGAAAAAAAAGAAUAUCCAUCAACAUGUUGCUUAUCUGAGAACUAGCUCAAUGAAGAGAGGGGGAAAGCCAAAUUGUUUUUUUUAAAAGAAGCUGUUCCUUGGCCCAUGGGCUGUGCCUUAAAUUCAACGCAUGUAAUUUACUUAAACUUUUUAAUUCUUUUACUUUCUAGUUCUCUUUUUGCUGCAUUAGUGAAGCUUUUGGCUUGGGUUGGCCUGAUCUCUUGUUGUGAAAAAAAAAAAAAGUUGCCUUUUUACUGUCACAGCCAAACACAAUUUCCAUAAAAAAAAUGUGUCACUGGGUAGAAAAUAUGUUGUGAGUGCAGAGGUUUGUAGAGAUUCAGGUCAACUGCAAGUCAUAGAUUUACUACUUGAGUGAUGUGUGGCCUAUAGCUGGAUGUCGAAGAGUCACAUUUGCUACAGACCUGGUCUGGACUACUCAUACUUUCUUUACACCCUGCCACUACACUCAAAGACGUGAUUCGGCGUGUUGGAUGUAAACAAUAUGGGAGUAACUUUGCCUCUUUGUGUCUGUGUGUGAAGUUAUCGCAGUGUUGUCUACAUCUUUCCGGUUGUGUCACGGCUACAAACACUGAAUGGGGCGCAACAGGAGUGUGUAGUUGGUGCUCGACCACGGCCUUGGACGCACAGAGGCUUUGACACACGUCUGCAUGUUCAGCCACUGCUGCAUUAAUUAUGGCUGAAACACUGACAGUGUGUUGCUUAUCUAUGCUCGGCCCACACUUCAACUCACAUUACUUGCAAUAUCACAAACCUGACAUCUUUCUGCCUGGACAGGAGAAGGGUUAAGUAUAUUCCUGUAGUGAAGGGGGGGCGGGGGCGGGGUCGGGGUCGGGGUCGGGAGGGUGGGAUUCGGGGCUUUGGGGUGAGUGACAUCAUUGUCCAAAAAGAAGAGGACUCCUAUUUUGACACACAUACUGUAGAUUCUAAACAGCCCUGGACCAAUGGAAACAGUGGGUUUUUUUCUCAUUAUGUGUUCUAUUUUUUUAUGGUAUGAAAGGAAAACACAAACUGUAACUUAAAAAAGGUCUUCAGGACAAUUAUUUUCUGGGUUAUGUCUUUAGAAUGCCAACUUGUCUGGAAGUUUCACAGGACAAUUCAAAUGUUAUUUUAAUGGAUUCCUUGUUAAUUGCAGUCUAUUGGAUAGCACUGUAGAUCAUACAACUUUAUGUAAAAAAACUAAUGAAAAAAGAAUGAAAAAAAGUUUUUAUAUGCAAUGGAUUAAAUAAAAGCAUGGGUUGAUUCUGCCUACUCA